AUGGCAUACAAUGGAAGUGGUAAUAAAGAUAGAAUGUUUUCACCCAGAGACAAUAUAAAGUAUCCAAGUGGAUUUCUUACAAAACAGGGUGGAUUCUACAAGAAUUGGAAAAAGAGAUUUUUCAUUAUCAAACACAACGUUAUUACAUACUACAAGUCAGAGUUGGACAAGGUGUCGUGUGGCUUCUUCUUGCUGGAUGAUGUUGAGGUGGUCAUCAAAGAUACAAAGACCUUUACUUUUGUCAUUAGGCCAGUAGGCAAAUUGAAAAAGGUGAAGGCAUACAAGUUGGAUGCAAACGACAUAGUUGUAUUAAUCCAAUUUGCUUUGCAAACAUUAACAUCUAUCUUAUCAUAA